AUGGGCGACUCGUCGAGUCCGUCGCCUUUGCGUUCGCCGGAGGAUGAAGAGCUGCUCGCAAAAUCGUCGAGAAUCCGAUUAUGGGUUAGCAAAAGAAUGAAGGAGCUUGAGGAACAAAACGAGCGCCUUCGCGCCCAAAACCUGCGGUGUACCACUCAGCUGCAAAUGCUGCGCAGUUUCACGGAGAAAUCGCGGCAGAUACGCGCCGACAUGGAAAUGAGUCGGAGUAUAACCGGCACACUGCCGGUGCUUCGCGAUGAGAACCGAACGUCGGACGACAGCGGGCUGACGUCAGACGACGCGGAUCGCCGACAGAUGAGCGCAAGCAUAUCCGAAUGUACGCCGCGAGUGCAGCGGAAAGGCGCCGCGAGGGCAUGCGCCGCCAAAAAUGGAAGCCACGGAUCAUCAACAUCGGAGUCUUCACCGUGCGAAGAAGACGGCAAGCCGAUGCCGCUGCCUCGAAGAAUCCCACCAUCGAUGGAACGUGACAGUCUCAAUUCUUAUGUUGAUGAUUAUGAAUUUGACGUGGAAGAAUCGUCAUUUGAAGAAGUCGUCAGGAAGGGAAGUAAGAGUUACGCGGACUAUGUCAAUCUUCAAGAAUGCGUCGCCAUCAAAGAUGAUCAUGUGCAAUACAGCGAGAUCGUUAAGCAGAGGUCGGUCGAGAGGGAGCAGCCUCCGAUUCCGCCUUCGCAUCAAUCCAGAAAUUGGGAGACCCGCUUGAUUCAUGCUGCUGAAAAAUGCCUAUCAAUGGCAGAAGGAGCGGAUUCUGAGGGAACGUCGAAUGGGCCUUCAGCAUCGCCGUACCAUGUCUCGAAUGUCUCCCAAGUGUCAUCGUCGCAUCGCACAGAAUCGCCGGGAUCGCGAAAAUCGAAAAUGUCGCGGCAUUCGUCACCGCGGACGCCGAUGUCGCAUCAUUCGACUGACGAGGGAUCCGCAUAUGCUGUUCGAGAUUUGUGUAUUCCGCAAGGAAGCGAUUAUUAUAUUCCACCGGAUGCUACUAGUCGGUAUUCUGGAGGUUCGCCCAAUCCUCGAACAUCAUUGAUCCCAUCGAGAGAAACGAUGGAAAAAGCUGGAUAUUGGACACAUCUCACUGAUAGUCGAAUCAAAUCAUUGAAGCGCAGAUUUGUGAUCCUCAAAAAUGGUUAUUUGAGUUUCUACAAGAAUUGCAAAAACGGUAAUCGCGAUGAGGAGCCAACAAUGCGAAUCAAUUUGAACGAAAUUCGUUCUGUUGUCAAAAUUGAGCAACAAGGGGCUGCAUAUGCUUUUCAGCUUAUCACGUCGACUGAUAAGAUGAGCUUUAUGACGGAAAGUGAGAAGACGACGCAUGAAUGGGUUACCAUCAUAUCGGCAGCCAUAAAAGCUUCAACCUUGCGUGAUAUGGCGAGCAGGGCGACUCCAAUAGAUUCUUCUAUUAGCGGAUGGCUGACUCGGGUUCGAUGUGGUCAUUCGAAGAAAAUUUUUGCGGCUCUGGUUAAUCAAAAAUUGAUGUUCUUCAAAAAUGCGAAUGAUUUGGUUCCCAAUGGAUUUUUGUGCCUUCAGGGAGCGACUAUUAGAGAAAAACACGACGGAAUGGAAGACUAUUCAGGGAGUAGUGAUGAGCAACUUGAGACAACUCAGGAGCAUCCGAAUUCUCGCAAAAACAAUGAUAGCCUCUGCAUUCAGAUUGCCAAUGAGGAUCCAGUUUACCUGAUCCUGCGAGGAUCCGAGGAGAAGGAGAAAUGGUUGUAUUUUCUGAAAUCCGCCAGUGGCGAUGCUGCCCUUUGCGGCACUUCGUUUGAAAUUCUCAUUCAGCGAAUGAUGGCGGAGAACAUUGAGAAUGAUUCGACAAUGUGGAAGGAUCUUCUUCUCACUUCGGUCGAGGACAUUCCGAAGGAUACACUCACGACGGUCGAGCCCGGAGAGAAGAAGAAGACGCUCGAGAUCUCCAAGGCGUGCCAUUUGUUCGUCUCUGUUCUCAUGCGGCCACAGGCGACGCAAUAUCAUGUGGACCUCGCGCAAAACAUAAUUUCGACGGCGGUUCAGCAUGAAUUCAUUAAGAACGAGGUGUAUUCGCAACUCAUCCGACUCACCAGCGGUACGAUGCCUUAUGGACUACAAGGAUGGAAGUUGCUCGCACUUGCGAUUCCGAUAUUCCUGCCGAAACAGUAUGCGCUUCUUUGGCUUCUCAAACGGCAUAUUCGACGAUGGGCUGACAGUCCGGCGGAUUCCGAUGAAGCUCGAAUGGCGGUGUUCUGCGAAAGUGCACUCGACCGAUGUCUGAGGGUUGGCGGCAGACUCGAGGGUCCGAGUCGGCUUGAAGUGACGUCGAUAUUGACGCGAGACGUCACCAAAACGAAAUUCCCGCACUCGAUAUCGGUAAGAUUGCCGAAUUCGGAGUACCAGAUUGUUGAAUUUGAUGGAUCCACUGAAAUUGGGCAAUGUUUGUCGUCGUUGUGCCUCAAACUCGGUAUGCGACCCGCACUUCUCUCGGGCUAUGCCUUGUAUAUGGAUGAUCCUGUAACCCGCACUUAUCAAUUGUUGAAAGGCAAACAGAAGUUAUGCGACGCUUUGUCAAUUUGGGAGACGCGCUCGCGUGAUUCUCAUCGCGGUCGAGUUUCUGCUGAUUGCACGGCGGCCUUGUCACUUCGAAUGCGACAUUAUUGGAGUCAUCUGACGUCCACUGAGACGCCGAUUGAACGCCAAUUUCUUGUUUGGAGGUCGGCGGAAGAGAUCGUGCUCGGCCGAAUUCCGCUGAGCAAUCAACUGUGCGAUAGUCUCGCUGCCCUUUAUGCUCAAUUGGCUUUUGGUGAUUCUCCCACUCAAUAUUUGAGCGAUCAACAAUUCGAGUUCAUCUCGCAGCGAUGCUACCCCCAGAAGAUGUUGGAUGUGGCGUGUAUAAAAAGCCUUCGGGCUCAAAUUCAUACAAAUUGGAGUGAAUUGCAAGGAAUGACAGAACAGGAAGCGAUUCGACUUAUUAUCCAGGUUCUUACCAAAUGGCCUCUAUUUGGUGCCGAUUUGCAUGAAGCCGCUAUGCGGACGAGCAAUGAACGAAAAGUUUACCUGGCACUUACUGACAACACGAUUACUAUUAUUGAUCGGAGGCAUUUUGAUGUGAUCCGCACGAUUCCCUACAGUACCCUGUCGACGUUUGGCCAAUUCCAAACCGAUUUUAUGCUCACCAUCAUGCGACCUCUUAACCAUGGUUCGCACCCUGAUGAGGCACCAAAGGAGAGACUCACAUUCUCAAUGUCGAAAAAUGAAAUCGAGCAGGUGACCCUCCAUCUUGCCGAAUAUAUUCGAUGCCAGAAGCUUGUCUGGAAAGUGUCGAAAUAA